UAAGAUGGCGGCAAGUAGCAGUUCUGAUGGUACAGGAACACCUCUAUUAGGGGCAACUCAUGAUGAUGGAAAAGAAAACACUACACCCCAAGUUGGAGGAUGGUGGAACAAAGUCCUUGACAUGGAGGAAGCCAAGCAACAACUCAUGUUUUCGCUCCCAAUGAUUCUUACCAACUUAUUCUAUUACUUAAUCACUUUGGUUUCUGUCAUGCUUGUUGGUCACCUUGGUGAGCUUCAACUUGCUGGUGCUACUUUGGCUAAUUCAUGGUUCAGUGUCACUGGCGUGGCAGUCAUGGUUGGUUUAAGUGGGGCACUGGAAACACUCUGUGGGCAAGGAUUUGGCGCAAAGGAAUACCAUAUUCUAGGAAUUUAUCUACAAGCCUCUAGCAUCAUAUCUCUUAUCUUCUCUAUCAUUAUAUCCAUUAUUUGGUUCUAUACAGAACACAUCCUAGUGUUGCUUCAUCAAUCUCAUGACAUUGCCAAAACUGCUGCCCUUUAUAUGAAGUUUCUAGUCCCAGGAUUAUUCGCAUAUAGCAUCUUGCAAAAUAUCUUAAGGUUUCUCCAGACACAAUCUGUGGUAUUACCAUUGGUUGUGCUCUCAGGAGUUCCAGUGUUGGUUCAUAUUGGUAUUGCAUAUGGCUUGGUUCAGUGGACAGGUCUGAGUUUUACAGGUGCACCAAUUGCAGCUUCUAUUUCACUAUGGAUAUCAAUGAUAUUGUUGGCCUUGUAUGUCAUGUAUGCAAAGAAGUUCAAGCAGACAUGGGAAGGAUUUUCAAUGCAUUCAUUACAUUACGUGUUCACAAACAUGAAACUAGCUCUGCCCUCUGCAGCAAUGGUAUGUUUGGAGUAUUGGGCUUUCGAAGUUUUGGUUUUCUUAGCUGGACUAUUGCCUGACUCACAGAUGACCACUUCGUUGAUUGCAAUAUGUGCAAACACAGAAUUCAUUGCUUAUAUGAUCACUUAUGGUCUCAGUGCGGCUGCAAGCACAAGGGUUUCCAAUGAAUUGGGAGCAGGCCACCCAGAACGAGCUAAACAUGCAAUGGAUGUCACUCUCAAGCUCUCUCUCCUCCUUGGUUUGUGUUUUGUUUUGGCACUUGGAUUUGGUCAUAAUAUUUGGAUUAAACUCUUUAGUAGUAGUUCUAAAAUCAAAGAGGAGUUUGCUUCAGUGACACCCUUACUUGCAAUUUCCAUACUACUAGAUGCUGUCCAAGGUGUCUUGUCAGGGGUGGCCAGAGGAUGUGGCUGGCAGCAUUUGGCUGUUUAUGUAAACCUUGCAACUUUUUAUCUUAUUGGUUUACCAAUAUCAUGUUUCCUUGGAUUUAAGACCAAUUUGCAGUAUAAGGGUUUAUGGAUUGGUCUGAUUUGUGGGCUGGUCUGUCAAGCUGGGACUCUCUUAGUUUUAACAAGGCGUGCCAAAUGGACUAAACUGAAACUGUCUGGGGACAAAGACAAAGACCAACCACUUGUUUAACUGAAUGCUUUCCAAACUAGAACUGAAUGAAACAAACAGAGUUCACAUGUGGACUGCAUUUCAAGAUGCAAAAGAUGAUAACAAUUGGUGAACAUGAUUUUUGUAUCUAAAACAUUUCUUGCUUAUAUUCAUUGAGAAAGUUGCAAACCUAGACACUAAA